CUGAGGAUUAAUGGCCGGCCCAGACCUUUGAUUCCGCGCUCUCUUUUCUCUGCCCUUGACAAAUUGGAUUUUGGGGAUGGGAAGGUCGCCUGGCCCAUUGUCUCUCGGCCGUUUGGAGCUCUUCAUUAUGCGCGAGGGUGAGGGAAAGUCUCCAUGUGACCAUCUCGCGCGGAGUUUCCACACAGCUGCUGAGAGAGCGCAACUCUCUCACCCACCACCACCGCCGCCGCCGCUGCCGCGCGCGCACUGCUCGCCCUUGCGCGUUAAUGUGCUGUGCCAUGGGGGGCACCUUGCUCUGCUCCAUUAGAAAAGCCGGAUCAGAUGCGCCAGCGCGUCACUUCGCAGGCGGAGAUUAGCCUGGCCUCAUCUCCCCGGUCUUGACUGCUCGUCUCAAUCAGUCCCCCUUGCUUGGUCUUCCUGGUUCUGAUCCGACUGCACGCAGAGCCAGCAAUGCAAGCAAACAGGACACCCGCAAUUAGCGUGUUUGCUGACUGCACCAUCCCGGCCGGCAUCAGGAUAGGACCGGUGCCGGGUAUUUUCAAGCUAGGGAAGUACGUGUCGGACCGCAAAGAAGUUGGACUCAAGAAAAAGAUUCGCUUGGUGAGAGGGGAUUUUGUGGAUGAAUCGGGCAGCCCUCUGCCGGACUGGAUCGCGCUCAUCCGUGCAGCCAGAAACAGCCAGGAGCAAAAUCUUGAGGCCAUUUCAGACUUACCUGGAGGACAGAUUUUCUAUCGUGUGCUGAGGGAGAUCCAGACAGGAGAAGAAUUAAGCGUAUGGUACUCAAACACACUUGCGCAGUGGUUUGAUAUUCCCACGACCGCUACUCCAACACACGACGAGAAAGGGGAGGAACGUUUUAUCUGUUGGUACUGUUGGAGAAUCUUCAAAUACCCAAACACGCUCAAAGCCCAUGUUCAUUUCCACUGCGCUCUGAGCAACGGCAGAGGAUUUGUAAACAACGAACAAGCAAGGGGGUCUGAAAACCUUAGCAGGUCACCCAAAUCAGGAGACAUCCCCAACACCUCAUCCUCGCCCAGGAACGGCCACCACACCUCUAUCUCCGACUCCAUCAAGCGAAACAUGCCUUCCUCUCCUUUCCUCAACAAGGCGGGAAUAUCAAAGAAGUCCACAUCUGAGGAGCAGGACAGGGCCCUCGAUAUGAGUGUGACCUCGGCCAGAAACCAUCUCCUUGGCCUGAGCGGAACCUCUGCGGUACUGAGUAACAUGGGUUUCCACCCUGGAGUACGCUCAGCAUUUAAACCUAUGGGACUGUCUAAGGUCACUCCAACAGAGGUGUCCAGAGAGGAGUCCACCGGGAAACCGAACAGCAUUGGGUUCAAUAAGCUUUUGGGGGGAAUGAAGUCGACACGUUCACUGAACGAACCGGUAUCUGGAGCUCAUCCCUCCAAGUGCGUCCACCCCAUUGACUCCACAUCCCCCGUGGUGCCCUGUGCCAACACUAUCCGAGGCUUUCCCUUGCUGCCGCACUUUGAGGAGACCUCCGCUUUCAAGCACGUGGAGGGGCGCAUGCACUCGGGGCUUUCGCCCUCUCGCUACACUCAGAUCUCCUCUGGGUUUCAUUUUGAACGUUUUUCCUUGCCGCAGUUUGAAGGGGUGAAACCUUACAAUGCAGACUGUAACAUCCCACUGAUGCCAUUCACUGUGUACAAUGGCGAGUUACUGUAUAGCUCACCUUACUACCCAUUUAAGUUUCACUUCAGCAAUCUCCUCAAGUACCCGGAGUCAGUUUCCUACUUUGGCGCCCCUGGACUGAACCCCGAUCUGAGCUCAAUUACUAAUAUUGACAGGGAAAUAGCCAUGCAUACACAACAGCUUUCUGAGAUAGCUGUGGAGAAGAACCGGGCAAGGCUCGAGUCCAUGCCCGCAGCCAACGCUGGUACCGGGAAGCCCAAAAAGGGACACCUUUGUCUGUACUGCGGUAAACUGUACUCACGGAAAUACGGCCUGAAAAUCCACAUGAGGACUCACACGGGUUACAAACCGUUAAAGUGCAAAGUGUGCUUCCGACCUUUCGGUGACCCCAGCAAUUUGAACAAACACAUCCGACUGCACGCAGAGGGGAACACGCCGUACAGGUGCGAGUUCUGCGGGAAGGUAUUGGUGCGCAGGAGGGAUUUGGAGAGACACGUCAAAUCAAGGCAUCCAGGACAAACCAUCAAAAAGACCGAUGAUAAGAUAGAUGACAUGUACGAAGAUCCGGAGCAAAAGAGCGACAAUGACAGUGAUGUUGAUGUUUGCUUCACGGACGAUCAAAGCGACCAAGAGUCCAGCAAAAAUAAUGAUUGACAGUCUGGGCUCGCUACCUGUCAGAUAUGUUACUUGGCGUUUUGUACAUGUACAGAUUGCUGUAAAUAUAAUUUAUGAGACUAUGAAAUCCAAAAAAUUGCAGUGACCGUUUUCUUUUUCCUAAUAGGCUAUGAGCCAAAUGUUGUUGUCCAUCAUUGCAGAUAUUAGGCCUAAUAAUGGCACACGUUGAAUUUGCUCAAAUGAACGCUUUAAAAUCUUUGAACUGACGGAACCAUCUACUGUCCUAUGCCCUAAUUGGAACUGCACUUUAAGCGAGCAAGACAUUCGGCAGAAACCUGUUGAGUUAUCAGAGUAGCCUAGGCAUAGCC